GUAAACUAUCUCCCUUAGGCGUCUUGUUCUCGAGGCGCCUACACCUCCCCGGUCAUAGGACUCGUCCAAGAGCAUGCGCAACGUGGAGGCGCCGCAUCCUAGUAAUUCUUUCAGCCAUGGACGCCCGCAAAUCUGAGCUUGUGUCGUGGAACAGGUCGUCGGGGAAUUACCCGUCGUGCCAGAAUAGUAGCACCCAUGUCUGACUGGCUGGCUGGCUGCAUGCUCAUGUUAGCCGCAUGGGUUCGUACAGGUUGGCAGGAGGCCUACAAAGACACCGCGUUGUCUCCAGGGAACUGCGCCGUUUCUUCCAGACGCCUGAAUUUCUUCGUCAUUGCUUGCCUGUCUGUCUGUUCGUAGGGUUUGUGUGUGUUACACGAUCUUUUUUCCCGCUUUGAACUUUACGACUUGCUGGUUUCAAGCGUUUCUCCUUCUCUGUCUCUCUCUGUCUCUCUAGUCAUCAGCCAUGGCUUCGCUAGCGUUUUAUCUCUCUGCAUCUGUCCUGUUUGCUCAGUCAACGGUUGCUUUCAACUGCUCCAAGAAGCCCAUCUACGUCGAUAUUCACAAACGCGCUGUUGAGGAUUCGUCCGUUUUUCAGUAUGGAUCUUUCAUCGGGGUGGGGACACCGGCACAGAAUCACAGUCUCUGGCCAUCACUGGCACAGAACCAUACUUCUUUCGCGUCACAUGCGUAUUGCGGCGACAACAGCACAUUGCGGAACUGCGAAAAAUCGACAGGUGGCUUCUUCAGCCACGAGGAUUCAACCUCAUAUGAAGAUCUUGCAAACUUCCAAUCACUAGACAAGUCCACCGAAAGCUCACUCGAAGGCUUCUUCGGACAGGAUACACUCCGCCUAUACACACAUUACUUCGAAACAGACGGCGCCUCGCAAACCCUCGUGGAGAACUCAACCAUCGAAGUCGCCGAGCAGGGCUCCAUCGUACCAGGCCGAGUCGGCGUAGGCUCAUCCUCAACGCUCCUCCGGGACCUCGAAGCGCGCGACAUCAUCGCCGGAAAAACCUACUCGCUCUACAUCGGCCACGGCUACGAGCGCGCCGGCGGCGUCAUAAACGGCAGCAACGUCUUCGGCGGCUACGACUCAGGCCGCUUCACAGGCACCCCGCACCAAUACGCCAUGAACACAGCGAACCCGAACCCAAUGAGCGUGAACAUCAAAGACAUCCUCCUAACCACCACGCACUCCAACACCAACAUCUCCCUCUUCGACCCCUCCGUCUUCCCAGCCAUGAAAUCCCGCCCCUCCACCUUCGAAGCCCAGCUCACAACCGAGCAAUUCCCCCUCUCCCUCCCCUACCAAAUAACCCAAAACUUCAUCUCCCACCUCUCCGCCCAAGAGGACAACACCUGGGGUGACGCAUCCCUCAAGCUCCCCUCCCCUUUCCAAGGCACAUUAUCCAUCGUCCUAGACGACGGCUACACAAUCACCCUCCCGCAGGAAGUCCUCACAAACGCCUCGAACAUCACGCCCAUCCAGCAGCGCGACGCCAAAUCCACAGCGCCGUUCCUCCUCGGCUCCGCGUUCCUCGCACAGAUAUACCUUAUGGCUGAUUACGAAGCACAUACCUUCUUCCUCGCGGACGCGGUGCAGACGAAUAACGCCGUUAUGCCCGUGACGUUCUGUCCGCGCACGACGCCUGCUGCGUAUCAGCGCCCUAGUCGGAACGAUUGGCUGCAGCAGGGGCUUGUGGGCGCGGUGCUGGGGGGCGUGUUCGGUGGGAUCUUUUUGCUGGCCGUCGCGUAUUGUGGGUAUGUGGCGUGGAUGCGGAGGCAGGAUAAGAGGAGGCUGACGAGGGAACUGGAGAGGGGCGCGAGGGCGAAGAUGCAGGCUUUGGAGGUGGAGGAGGCGCCGGCGUUUGAUCCGCCGCCGAGGAGUGUGGCGGGUGGGGGUGGGGGCGCGUUUUGGAAGAAGAAUGGGUUUGCGUAGGGGUGGAUUUUGUACUUGUUGUUGUUAUACCAUGAUUUGGGGUUGGUGGGGGGGAUUAAUGUAUCGUGUUGUUCUACUGGGAGUCUUUACGUGCGGUCUUGGUGGUGUUGUGGAAUGUGAAUGUAGCUGAUGAUACCAUCCCAUACCAUCUCACUCACGCUGAACUGACACCGUCAACCAUCCCCGAACUCAUCAGCACCAUAUUUAAGAAG